CUUUUCACAGAGCUUGAUGACGUGUUUCCGGUUUCGUUUAGCAGGGUAAACACAGCGGCGCUACAAUGGAGUUUACUAAGUCUCUGCACAAUCUUCCACGGAUUUCUUUCUCCGACAUCUCCCGGAUCAUAAAUGAGGUAUCAGUAGCUAAAACAUCCAAGGCUGAAAAGGUUUACAAGCUAUUUUUCGAAGAAUACAUCUUCCAGUUCGAGGUUUCAAACACGAUGCCUGAGGGAGUUACAGUAAGGGCGAGGUGUCAUCGGUCGAUGAGGAAAAAUGAGGAGCCCCACACAGUGCAGGUAACUCUUCAUGCCACCCAGGUUCCGGUGGAGGUAAUGAAGACAUUGUGCACAUGUGUUGCGGGGAAGGCCUUUUGUAAUCAUACUGUGGCUCUGCUUUAUCAGAGUGCCCAUUACAGCACCAUGGGCUUUAAAACAGUCCCUCUCCCAGUAGCCUGCACCAGCACCUUGCAAACUUGGCACAGGCCAAGGACUCAGGGAAUACAACCCGAAUCAACAUGUGACAUGGAAGUUCGUAAACCUAAAUCCACCAGCAGAACAGGGGUGAAGUCCACACUUUAUCAAGCGUAUCCAGGCCCCUUUCCUGACCCUCACAUGUUGGAACUUGCAGAGAAGAUGAGAAACAUGCGCCCACAGCCUGGAGUAUGCAAGUUUCUUCUGAAUCGGGAUGAAGAUCUGCUCAUGGUAGACUCCAAAUUUGGUCCUGUGCCAUAUGGUUCGGUUUUGUCAUACCAGUGCCCAUCUGAAAGUGAAAGUGAGGUAAUCAAGCACCCUGAUGCCCCAAAAUACCCUCAACUGCCAAUAGAGAAUUACAGAUUCCAGUCCAAAUUUGAUUUCACGCCCAACUACAAACAGAAAUGUCACCUGGAAAGCCUCAAAGUGACCACCCCACAAGCAGCCAUGAUAGAAGAGAGAACACGGCAGCAGUCUUCCUCACAGCUUUGGUUUGAGGUGCGUCGGCCCCGCAUCACAGCAAGCAGAUUUCGCGAGGUGUGCCAUGUCUGUGGAAAAUCUUCAUCUCAAGCUCUGGCAACAAGAAUACUUAAAGGUACGCCACAAACCAGGGACAUGAAAAGAGGACAGGAACUAGAGUCUGAUGUGUUAAAACAGUACUCUGAUGCACGUAAUGUGUCAGUACUACCUUGUGGAGUCAUCAUCCAUCCAGAUGCACCUUAUCUUGGGGCAAGCCCAGAUGCAAGGGUUUAUGACCCUACAGCGUCACCACCAUUUGGGCUGGCAGAAGUGAAGUGCUGCAAUGUGGCAUCAGUUCUGGAGGUUAAACACCUUAAAGUUGUUGCAGGUGAGGCAACACUGAAACCCUCUCACAAGUACUUCUGGCAGGUACAGGGGCAACUUGCCAUAACUGGUCUUCAGUGGUGUGACUUCAUCACAGAUACUCAUAAUGAUGUCACCAUUCAGAGAAUUUUGCGGGACCAGGGACUUAUAACAUCGAUGAGAGAGAAGCUAGAUACAUUUUAUCAUCAUGUAUACAUGGAUGUCUACCUAAACAUAAAAGAUAAAGUGUAGAUGCAUACAAAGUUAAGAUUGUUUAAUUGGUUCUGUUGUAGUUUGUUGUUUUUUUGUGAAAAUAUGGAGUGUUCUUAAUAAAUUUAUAUUCUUUG